GAGGAAACCACCGCCGCCGCUCAUCACAAUUCGUCGCUGUCCAGUUGCAGCAGAGCCAUUAUCUUGUAUCCUUGCUUUGGCCCAGUGAUCUUCUGUACUUUUUGUUUUUGUCCUUUUAAAAAAUCUUUGUUUUGCCGGACGCUCUCGCCAUAUACGAUUUUUAUGAUAUCAAACAUCGCCGGAGAAAGAGACCGAGAGAGCAAUUUUCUUCAUCUCUUCGCCGCUUCCCCAACAGGGUCUGCAUCCUCUCCUUCCAACCUUCGUGAAGAAAAGGAAAAAUACAUGAAACCCGUGUAGUUUUCUUCAAUUUCCUCCACUUACGCGUUCUUUCUGCCUCUCUCGUGCACCAUUGUGAUAGCUGAUCCGUUGAGGAAGUUUCAGAAGAGAAGGAAGAGUCCCGGGUUACUUCGAUGGCCUUUUGAACAUUGAGAAAUGUGUGUUCAUUGUGCUGGUCGGUCAUCUGAAGGACAAGAAGUUGUUAAUUUGGGCAUCGAUCAUUUGAAAAGCAGAGCUCUAGGCUGCAUUAUCGACAAUUGAACGAGUGGGUUUUGAGAGUUGAAGUUUGGAAUCGAAGAAGAUGGAGUUUCAGAAGCAUGAGAAGUUCAGGUUCUGCGUAGACAGGGGAGGGACUUUUACUGACAUCUAUGCCGAAGUCCCCGGCCAGGCGAAUGUGAGGGUGAUGAAGCUCCUUUCCGUCGACCCGGCAAACUAUGAGGACGCGCCCGUCGAGGGCAUCCGCCGGAUACUGGAGGAGUUUACCGGGGAGCUAAUCCCGCGGACAGGGAAGAUCCCCACUGCGAGGAUUGAGUGGAUUCGGAUGGGAACCACCGUCGCGACGAACGCCCUUCUGGAGAGGAAGGGCGAGAGGAUCGCCCUCUGCGUCACCAGGGGCUUCCGCGACCUUCUGCAGAUAGGAGACCAGGCGCGGCCGGAUAUCUUCGACAUCAGGGCGGUGAAGCCGUCAACCCUCUACGAGGAGGUGGUGGAGGUCGAUGAAAGGGUCGAGUUGCUGCUCGCCGACGAGGUCGAAGGUGCCGCCGGAGGAGGCGAUUUUCACCGGGGAGUAUCAGGCGAGUUUAUUCGCGUUGUCGAGCCGCUGAACAAGGAGACUCUCCAGGAGAAGCUCUGCGCAUUGUUGCAGAAGGGAAUUCGCUGCCUAGCGGUGGUUCUGAUUCACUCCUACACCUAUCCACAACACGAAUUGGAGGUAGAACGCCUCGCCCUGAACUUGGGAUUCAAACACGUAUCCAUCUCUUCAUCCUUAACUCCAAUGGUUCGAGCCGUUCCUCGUGGCCUUACGGCUACAGUGGAUGCGUAUCUUACCCCUGUUAUCAAGGAAUACCUCUCCGGGUUCAUGUCCAGAUUUGAAGAAGAUGGUCGGAAUAAGGUGAACGUGUUGUUCAUGCAAUCGGACGGCGGUCUUGCACCGGAAUGCAGCUUUUCCGGCCACAAGGCCGUCUUAUCAGGCCCCGCCGGAGGCGUCGUUGGCUAUGCCAAGACGCUUUUUGAGCUUGAGACGACAAAACCUCUUAUUGGAUUCGACAUGGGGGGCACUUCAACGGAUGUGAGCCGCUUCGCUGGCUCGUUCGAGCAGGUGAUACAGACUGAAAUCUCCGGCGCCAUAAUUCAGGCUCCCCAGCUCGACAUUAACACUGUUGCAGCUGGCGGCGGGUCGAAAUUGAAAUUCCUGGUGGGUGCAUUCCACGUCGGGCCGGAAUCCGUUGGUGCUCACCCUGGGCCGGUUUGUUACAGGAAAGGAGGAGAAUUGGCCGUUACGGAUGCUAAUCUAAUUCUGGGGAGAGUGAUACCUGGCUAUUUUCCGGCGAUUUUUGGUCCCAAUGAAGAUGAACCACUUGAUGUUGAGGCUGCCAAGGAAGAGUUCAGGAAGCUUGCUAAGGACAUUAAUGAUUACAGAAAAACCCAGGACGCCUUAGCUAAAGAUAUGAGCAUAGAGGAGAUUGCGCUUGGAUUUGUCGAAGUGGCGAACGAGACAAUGUGCAGGCCUAUUCGCCAGCUUACAGAGAUGAAAGGGUAUGAGACCAGGAACCACGCUCUUGCGUGCUUCGGCGGUGCUGGCCCUCAGCAUGCUUGUGCCAUUGCCAGAUCAUUGGGCAUGUCUGAGGUUCUCAUUCAUAGAUUCUGCGGUAUCCUGAGCGCCUACGGUAUGGGCAUGGCUGAUGUUGUACAAGACGUGCAGGAGCCUUACGCAGCUGUCUAUGAACCUGAAUCGAUGGCUGAAGCAGCAAGCAGAGAUGCUGCAUUGACGGAGCAAGUCAGACAGAAGCUUCGGGAUCAAGGUUUUGACGACGAUAGUACUAAGACUGAGUCGUUUUUGAACCUGAGGUACGAAGGGACUGAUACUGGAAUCAUGGUUAAGAAGCCUGAAGAUGAGGGGGAUGACUAUGUCAGUAAGUUUGUCAAGCUGUUUCGGCGAGAAUACGGAUUCGAACUUCAGAACAGGAAGAUACUGAUCAAUGAUGUACGCGUUCGAGGAAUUGGCGUGACCAACAUACUGAAACCUCCACUGAUGGAUCAGACUACUGGGCCUCCUAAGGUUGAGUGCCACUGUGAUGCCUUUUUUGGAAGUGGGUGGUGCAAGGCGCCAUUGUAUAAGCUUGAAAAUCUUGGGUCCGGUCAUGUCAUAGGCGGUCCAGCAAUUAUCAUGAAUGGUAACAGCACUGUAAUCGUGGAACCUCUCUGUAAAGCAAUUAUUACCAAGUACGGGAACAUAAAAAUUGAGAUUAAUUCUGCUCCAAGCUUGGUGAGUGCAGCUGGUAAGAUUGCAGAUGUAGUGCAAUUGUCUAUUUUCAAUCACAGAUUCAUGGGCAUCGCUGAGCAGAUGGGUCGAACUCUUCAAAGAAUUUCCAUAUCCACCAACAUCAAGGAGCGACUCGACUUUUCUUGUGCUCUUUUCAGUCCGGAUGGAGGAUUGGUUGCCAAUGCGCCUCAUGUUCCAGUUCAUUUAGGGGCGAUGUCAAGCACAGUAAAAUGGCAGCUUAAUUACUGGGGCGAGAAUUUGAAAGAGGGAGAUGUUUUAGUUGCUAAUCACCCUUGUGCUGGAGGAAGCCAUCUUCCUGAUAUUACUGUGGUAACUCCAGUUUUUGACAAUGGGAAGAUCAUCUUUUUUGUGGCAAGCAGAGGACAUCAUGCAGAAAUUGGUGGGACUACUCCUGGAAGUAUGCCCCCAUUUUCAAAGGCUAUAUGGGAGGAAGGAGCUGCUAUUAAGGCAUUCAAGCUUGUCGAGAAUGGCGUGUUCCAAGAAGAUGGCAUUAUUAAGAUCUUAGAAUCUCCUGGGUCUGUUGAGUCCUUUUCCGAUGGAAAAUCGAAACAUAGGAUCCCUGGAACUCGUAGGCUUCAGGAUAACCUCUCUGAUCUCCGUGCACAGGUUGCAGCAAAUCAGAGAGGAAUAUCUCUUAUUAAGGAUCUUAUUGAGUACUAUGGCUUGGAAACUGUUCAGUCCUAUAUGAUGCAUGUGCAGGCAAAUGCUGAAGCUGCUGUCAGAGAAAUGCUGAAGUCUGUAUCCACUACAGUUGCAGACCUGCCUAAUGUGAGAAAACAAGGGGCUGAUAUAGUUAUUGAGGAAGAAGACUUUAUGGACGAUGGUUCAGUAAUACACCUCAAGCUUUCGAUUGAUGCAGUGAAAGGUGAGGCUGUUUUUGAUUUUGAAGGAACUAGUCCAGAAGUAUAUGGAAACUGGAAUGCACCAGAGGCUGUAACAGCUGCAGCAGUCAUUUACUGCCUCAGAUGCCUGGUUGAUGUUGAUAUCCCACUCAAUCAAGGUUGUUUAGCACCUGUGAAGAUACUCAUUCCUUCCGGAUCACUUCUAUCUCCAAGUGACAAGGCAGCUGUUGUUGGUGGUAACGUGCUUACAUCACAGAGAAUAACUGAUGUUGUCUUAACAGCGUUCCAGGCAUGUUCCUGUGCACAGGGUUGCAUGAAUAACUUAACUUUUGGAGAUGAAAGCUUUGGAUAUUAUGAGACCAUUGCAGGUGGAUAUGGUGCUGGGCCUACUUGGAAUGGAACCAGUGGAGUCCAGUGCCACAUGACAAACACUAGGAUGACUGAUCCUGAGAUAUUUGAGCAGAGAUACCCUGUUCUGUUACAUAGGUUUGGACUGCGUGAAGAUAGCGGUGGUGCCGGCCAUUUUAGAGGGGGUGAUGGUGUUAUUCGAGAAAUAGAGUUUCGGCGUCCUGUUGUUGUAAGCAUUCUAUCGGAGAGGAGAGUGCACGCCCCUAGAGGACUGAGGGGAGGAAAGAAUGGGGCUCGUGGUUUCAAUUAUCUGAUCAGGAAAGAUAAGCAAAUAGUGAAUCUUGGAGGAAAGAACUGCAUCCAAGUUGAAGCUGGUGAUAUUCUUCAGAUUUUGACUCCUGGAGGAGGCGGAUGGGGCAUUCCUUGAUUUUAUGACCUCCUCCAACAUUGCAGAAGGUAUAACCCCUUAUAAAUGAUAUGCGGUGCAUGGAAGCUCAGGCCCUGAGUUUUCUGAUUCAUGGUGCUCCUUCUCGAUGCAUCCUAUCAUGUUCUGUUUCUAUGGUUUUCUACAAUAAGAGGGAACCAUUACCGGUUUCACAUGCAUGUUUUGUUUCCUUUUUGUGCUUGUUUUUUUUCUUAUGGGCAUCUGAGUUCUUGAAGGACUAAGAUAGUCACCUGUUUCAUGGGCGUCAUUCCUAUGUCAUUUGUCUAGCUGGUUUAGAUGUAUGAACUGAAAGGGGAUGGUUUCGAUUAGCAAAUAAACUAACCAUGCACUACUUGGACAAUAUGAAAACUCUAUUUCUCCAUUGCAUGUGUAGGAGAAAUUAUCUCUCAAUUAGAUAUUUACUUGGGCAAGUGAUUCUAGGCAUUUGUGUUCAUCUAAACAACUGAGAGGGAGAGGUGAAGUUGAUAUGAAUCCUAUGUUAGCGCCGUAAUGGGGCCAAAACCAAAGAAUGAUUGAUUCAAGUUAUGGUGGGAUAAGCUCCAAGUAUAGAUGCAUGGGCUAUUUGUGUCAAAGAAAUGUAUGGGAGUUACAGGCUAUGUUUGUGAUUUGCAUUCAAAUUCCAAUAGUAAAAACAUACCAAGUGGGUUAGCCGUUGUAAGAAUGAAUUUUAUCUGACAAGUAGGUCUUCAUAUAUUGACCUGCUUCAUUGUUUAUUUCUUUUACAUUGAUGUCCAUGCUAGAGGAAGUGUAAGUUAAGAUGCAAAGUCUGGCUAGUUUCUUUUGCUUUCUUCAUUUCUUGUUGGAAUGUCUAACUAGGUUUCUUCA